AUGGCCGAUAAACCAACAUCUCCUGCAAUGCAGGCUUCCACCACAUUUGGACACCAGUCGCCCCAGAGUUCGACGAUAUUUAUGCCAUUCCCAAGAAGUCAAGUAACCAGCAACAAUUCGACCAUGGUCUCAAUUGACCCAUCUAGCCCGACAGAGCCCAAGAAGCCGUUCGACAUCAGCAACCUCAUGUCACCGCCAGAGCUUCCUCCGUUCGACUCGUUUGCGCAAUCGAGCGUUGCCAAGCGAAUGGGUUCAAUCACAUCCGAGAUGCGACGUCUUCCGGGCCCCAAUCCACCCCUAUCGCCACCCAUCUCUCCUCGUACCAAGACCGACGAUCAUACGCACAGCGCGGGGCCAUCCUCUAACAUGCCGGUAAAGGACCCAAUCCUGUAUCCCGCUCAGGACAUCACGAGCUCGCCCCCUCAACAACCUCUGUUUGUUCGUGAUCACUCCGUCGAAACACAGCGAAUUGUCGACGACCACCUCGUUGCCCGCCCUGCCUCGCUGUUUAGAGCUGCGACACCGCCCGAACGAGAGGACUACGAGUUGAUGCUCUUCUUCCAGUCGCAGGUCAUGAAGAAAUAUAAUGAGAACCCGAGAGGCUGGUUGCAACGAGAGCGCGCGCUGCUCCUUGCGGAUAGACGGGCUGGCGCCCGACAUGCCCAAUUCAGGCUGCACCCUUUGCUUCCGGCGACGAAGCCACAGACGAUUCGCAGUCAGGCUCAACGGGUAAUGAAGCCGUCGAAAAUGCUGAAGUCGUCACGUGCGUCAGUUCCUCGUCCCAUCCGAUCAAACCUACAACCCCAGAAACAGCCGGUCGUCAGAAGAGUUAGCGUUACUCCUGACCCGGCCUCUCGCCGCAUGGUGGCGCCGAAUCGUGAGGACAAGGACUUCGCCUCGCUUCCCGAUUACUGCCCCCCGCUGAACUCACUACCGACAAAGUCGAAUAGCUUAAAGGUGGAUUGGAAGGGUGCUCCUAUAGACCUCAGUGGCGACCCCCAUCGCGAGCUUCUCCAUGCUGAUGAGGUUACGCUCGCUGCCAACUUGCGACUUGACUGUGCAACCUAUCUUACCAGUAAGCGACGAAUGUUCGUGAAAAGACUAGAGUGUCUACGCAUCGGGAAGGAAUUUCGCAAGACAGACGCGCAGCAGGCAUGCAAGAUUGACGUGAACAAGGCAUCUAAGCUCUGGACGGCGUUUGACAAGGUUGGCUGGUUGGAGAAGCGAUGGGUCUCUCCUCUCCUAUAG